UAUGAUUUAGCUGCAGGAAGCAUUGAGAAGCGAAAAGACUGCAAACAGGACGCGGUAAACUCACGCUUUUAGCCUUUACCGAGGACGUGUUUUCCUCAUGGCUUCUCAGCGGGGAACUUUUUCCACCGGGUCACACUUUUUCUAGUGCGCUCCUUCGCUCCUGAGAGUUAUCUUGUUAAUAAUAUCCGGAGCAUUUAGCUUUUGAACCCGUGCUGUUUUUUCCUCACUGUGCGUAAUUUCUACCCAGGAUCGAGGAAAAAGGCGACAUCACAACAACACGAGGACGAGGGAUCAAGACAGAAAUAAGACGAACUGGGGGAAAAUGAAAGGCGUCUUGGAUAUCUGCUUGGUUUUCCUCAUGCUGCACACUCCCGGCGUGCUUUCCUUGUCCACACAUGUAGCAGUUAUCUAUCCCCAGGACCCCGUCCUGCGCAUGGGGUCCACGCUGACCGCCAGCUGCUGGGUCCACCCCGACCUCGGCGUCCACGCCAGCUCUCUGUUCUGGACGCUCAACGGUCAGCCGCUGCCCGGCUCCAUGUACAGAGUCCUCAGCCCCACCAACCUCAGUGUGACGCUGGCCGGGCUCAACGCCUCCCGGCAAACAUCCGGCGACAACCUGGUCUGUCACAACCACAAGGGACACAUCCUGGCCGGAUCCUGCCUCUAUGUAGGAAUGCCUCCAGAGAAGCCGGUCAAUAUGACCUGCUGGUCCAGGAACACCAAAGACCUGACAUGCAGCUGGGCUCCAGGAGGGAAAGGAGAGACUAACAUUAGCACACAGUACACACUCAAGUACAAGCUCAGGUGGUAUGGCAAGGAGAAGGAGUGUGAGGAUUACACUCAUACGCAGCCUUACUCCUGCAGCAUCACCCGGGACCUGCACCUCUUCACGCCCUACGAGAUCUGGGUGGAGGCCUCCAACCAGCUGGGCAGGGCCGCCUCCGAUGUCAUCACACUCGACAUCCUAGACGUGGUGACCACGGACCCUCCAUCAGGUGUGUCUGUCAGUCGCGUCGGGCAGCUCGAGGACCAGCUGAGCGUCCGCUGGGAGGCCCCACCUGCCCUCAAAGACUUCCUGUUUCAGGCCAAAUACCAGAUCCGCUACAGAUUGGAGGACAGCCAAGACUGGAAGGUGAUGGACGACGUUGGGAAUCAGACAUCUUGUAGAUUGGCUGGACUGAGACCUGGAACUGUGUAUUUUGUCCAGGUUCGCUGUAAUCCCGUGGGAAUCUACGGUUCUCGCAAAGCUGGGAUCUGGAGCGAGUGGAGCCAUCCUACUGCUGCAUCCACACCCCACAGCGAGCGGUUGAUGUCGGGCUCAUGUGACUCAAAGUCCAGCGGGGACUCAAACUCCACCCUGCGCCGGGAGCUGAAGCAGUUCUUCGGCUGGGUGCGGAAACACGCCUACGGCUGCAGCAGCAUGUCCAUGAAGCUGUACGACCAGUGGAGAGUGCUGAUGCAGAAAUCCCACAAAACUCGCAACCAGGUAGGUUCUCCAAGGGGAUAAAUCCUAGCACAGGCUGCCUUUACGGGCAGAAAAACAAGAAACGAACUGAACGAGUGUGUUUUUGUCUAUGUGUGUGAGGAAGAGAGAUUGUAUUCGUAUAUGGGAAUUAUAAGACAUUUGCUCUGGACAUGUUGUGCAAAUAACGGCCAGGAGAGGACAUCAAAUGAAAAAAACUGGGAUUUUCUUCUUUAUUUCAUCUUUUCCAGUCAACAUGAGCACUUUUUUGUCUGAAAAUGUGGACUUGUUAUGGACAUCUUGGUUGCAUCAUUAGCAAGACACCAUGUGGACUACUCUGCUUUCUCAAAGGACCACGCAACAGGAAAACUCACACAUCCCUAAAGAUGUUUGCCGCAUAUCUGCUCUAAAUGUGCACAAAGGUCAUCAAAACAGAUUACAAGUGUUGUCCAAACAACUACAAGUAUUCUGACCUUUUUUGUUUUACUUCACCUGUGGAUCCAAAGCACCAUCUAGUGGCUGAUCAGCGUCUGUGGAUUCUGCAAAUCAAGGCGUUCACCGUGGUCCUGUUGGAAAAAGCAAAAGCAACUAAUUAUCAUUCAGUAUUUCUAAACCAUGCUUUAUAAGUGCCAAACUGGUUCACUCAGCAUUCAUGUGAGCAACAGUGUGACUGAUGGUGUUUUUGUAUGGAGACGUUUUACUGCCUUUAUUUUUGUACUGAAUUGUACCAGCAUAUUUAAAACUGUAUAAAGUUAUGUUUUAUGUCUUAAGUUAUGCUUAGUUAGUAAAAAAAAAUAUCAUUGACUGAAGUUGUUUUCGAUUUCCUACUGUUCUAUAAAAAUGUUGA